AACUUUCCGAGAGUGAAAAAGAUAAUUACGACUCGGUAAUGAACGCAAUUACAAAAUAUGUCAGCCCGCGUGUAAAUGAAGUGUUCGAACGUUUCAAGUUUAACAAUAGGAAACAACUAGAAGGAGAAAGUUUCGACAAUUUCUUUACGGAAUGUAAACAGUUAAUUUUAACAUGCAACUAUAAACAAAACAAAGAUUCAAUAGAGGAUCAAUUGUUGAGGGACAAAAUAGUGCAAGGAGUAUCAGACAAAACAGUACAAGAAUCUUUGCUGAAACUAGAUAACCUUACACUUGAAAAGGCAGCCAACUACUGUCGCACUUCAGAAAUGAGCAAACAACAGGUGCAGGAGAUGAACCCGACAAUAGAAAUUGAUGUAGUCAAGAAAUCAAAAGAAAGAAAUCAAGUACAGAAGAAAUACUUAUUUCAAUGUAGGAGAUGUCAAACUCAACAUGGGCUGCGAGAAUGUCCUGCCUUUGGGAAAAAAUGCACCAGAUGUGGAAAAUUGAAUCACCUUGCAGUCAGCUGUAAAGUCAAGAAAAUUAAUUCAACUCAAGAAGAUUCAGAGGAGUCUGAUGGUGAUGACACUUUAUUUUGUGGUGCACUUACUAGUAAAGGGAAAAAUAAAUGGAUGGACUUUAUUAACAUCAAUGGAAAGAGCACAUAUUGUAAAAUUGAUACUGGCGCAGAAGUAAGUAUCAUGCCAACAAAAAUCUUCAAAGAACUUAAAUCUAGUGAGGCGCUCAGACCAACAAGUACCUUAGAAGCGUUUGAUGGUACAAAAGUCAAAGCCAUUGGAAAGAUCCGUCUCCAUUGCAAAUACAGGGAACGAGAGUGUUAUGAAGACUUCAGAGUUUUAGAUUGCAAGUCAAUGAUAUUAGGACUGCCAGGUUGUGAAGCUUUAAAACUAGUAAAGCGAAUUUACAGUGUUGAUGAAGCUGAAGAUGGGACUCUAAAAGAGGACUUUAUAAAAGAAAAUAUAGAUGUUUUCCAGGGUCAUGGACCAAAUUGAAGGCUACUUUGGAGAUAUACCAAACGUUAUAACUUGGUUUGAUGAUAUUUUAAUAAUGGGCGAGACAGAGGAAAUUCAUAAUGAAGCUGUGAGUAAAGUUUUGGCCAAGGCCAGGGAAAUUAGAGCAGUCUUCAAUAAAGAUAAACUACAAUAUAAACAAUCUGAGGUCAAGUAUGUAGGCCAAAUAUUUAAUGGAACGGGUAUGAGUGUAGACAAAGCAAGAGUUGAGUCACUAAUUAAAUUAAAAGAACCAACAAAUAAAGAUCAAUUACAACAAAUAAUUGGUUCUUUCAACUAUGUUAGACGCUAUGUUCCUGAAAUGGCUGAGUUAAUGGCACCAUUAUGUAAAUUACUUAGAAAAGACAUUGAAUUUCAGUGGUUACCAUUGCAUGCCAGAGUUUUUAAAGGACUAAAAAAUAAAAUAUCUCAAGCUCCUGCUUUGUGUCCAUUCAACCCACAAAAACAGAUAAUUUUGCAAUGUGACGCUUCUCAAAAUGGAGUCGGUGGCUGUCUGUUUCAACAAGGACCAAAUAAUGUGUUAAACCUUGUAGCAUGUGUUUCAAGAACUAUGAAUGAUUGCGAGUUGAAUUACAGCCAGACUGAAAAAGAAUUAUUGUCAAUAUAUUUCACAACUCAAAAGUUCCAUAAAUAUAUUUAUGGAUCACAUGUUGUAGUUCAAACUGACCAUAAGCCUCUACUUGCAAUAAUGUCUAAACCAAUUAGUAAAGUAGGAUCACCACGUUUAAGAAGACUUUGUCUGAAGCUCUUAAACUAUAGUUUAGAACUUAAAUAUGUGCCAGGCAAAGAAAUACAUUUUGCUGAUAUGUUGUCAAGAAACAGUUUAAAAAUAACCGAUAAUGAUCCUCAGAUGUUAGAAAUGGUACAUUCUGUAUCUGUUCAUUUACCUAUGAGUGAGGAAAGAAAGGCUCAAUUUAAACUGGAAACAAGUCGCGACUUAACUCUUAAAGAAAUAUAUAAAUACUACUAUGACGGAUGGCCAGAUGAGAAAAAACUGUCAAAAAAAUGCCUUCCAUAUUUUAAACUCAGAGAUAAAAUUUAUGUUGAAUCGGGCCUCAUCUUUCUUGAUAAUAAAAUAAUUGUACCAGAGAGUUUAAUACAGUAUGUACUUAAAUGUGUACAUGAAGGUCACAGUGGUAUUAGCAAGUCUAUUCAGAAAGCCAGGCAACUUUUCUACUGGCCAAAACAAGCAUUGGAUAUCAAAGAGUUUAUUGAGAAGUGCCGAACUUGUGAAAAGUUCAGUUCAUCUAAUUCACAUGAGCCAUUAUUACCUCAUAAAAUUCCAAAAUAUAGAUAUUACAAAGUAGGCACAGACAUUUUAGAGUUUGCAGGUAAAUCAUACUUAGUCAUUGUUGAUUAUUUUUCUCAUUGGCUAGAAGUUAGGCCUCUUACUAAUAAAACCUCGAAAUCUGUAAUUGAUGCCAUGCAAGAAGUGUUUACAAGAUUUGGAUAUCCAGUAGAAAUCAUUGCGGAUAACAAUCCAUUUAAAUCUCAGGAAUGUAUUAGCUAUUAUAAGUCUAAAGAUAUUACAAUAAUAACCAGUAGUCCGCAUUAUCCUAGAAGCAAUGGAAUGGCAGAAAAAGCUGUUAAUAUUGCAAAAAACUUACUAAAAAAAGCUUCAGAGGAUAGAGCAGACUACCGAGACUUUAUUAUGAGUUAUAAUAACACUCCGUUGUCUGGACUGAAAUACUCUCCGUCACAAAUACUAAACAGUAGAUGUAUCAGAACCAAUGUUCCCACUAAUGGACAAGCAUUGGAACCAAAGGUUGUUAAAGAAAUUUAUAAGUUGUUAAAGUUAAGGCAAUCAAUUACUAAAAGUAUU